CUGAUUUGUUGUAAUUGGUGACAGCGGCAGUACGAACUGUCAGUCCAGUAUAAAGUUGAACAAGUAGCAAUUUUUUUUAUAAAUUGUGAAAAUAUUCAAAUUCCUGAGGCUUCCACCUUUAGGAGAUCAUCAUAAUGAUUCGGUUCAUACUGAUUCAAAACAGAGCUGGUAAAACAAGAUUAGCCAAAUGGUACAUGAAUUUUGAUGAUGACGAGAAGCAAAAAUUAAUUGAAGAAGUUCAUGCUGUAGUAACUGUUAGAGAUGCCAAACACACAAAUUUUGUAGAGUUUCGUAACUUCAAGAUUGUGUACAGACGUUAUGCUGGACUUUAUUUCUGCAUAUGUGUGGAUGUAAAUGACAAUAAUUUAAGCUAUCUAGAAGCAAUACACAACUUCGUAGAAGUCCUGAAUGAAUAUUUCCACAACGUAUGUGAAUUAGACCUAGUAUUUAACUUCUACAAAGUAUAUACUGUGGUUGAUGAAAUGUUUUUAGCAGGAGAAAUAAGGGAAACUUCACAAACGAAAGUUUUAAAACAGCUAUUAAUGUUAAAUUCUCUAGAAUAACUGUUUUUGUUGGUGAUGUUAUGGUUUUGGGGUUGUUUCUGGUUAAAAAACUAUUGAAUUGAAAGUUACACCAUACUUCAAUUGGAUAUUCUUUCUAUAUUCUUGUAAAAAAUUUUGGUUGAUGUAAUCAAACGGGAAAAAAAUUGGUAGAUCAAAAAAUGAACACCCUAAAAAGGGAUCUUCUAUUGCAUAUAAAAACAUUAUUUUUUAUUGUGAUAUAUCCAGUAUUUUAUUGCUCCAUUCUUCUAUUAGUGUAAUCAGGAUUUUAAUUGGGUUAGGGCUGGAACAGUGUUGGAUUAAGAAGUAGUGGCGCCUGGGGCUAAAAUCGACCUGGGGCUUACUUAAGAAAAUCAAAGAUUAUUAUAUAGAGUAAAAAAUUAGUGUGUGAAUUAAUUAUACUAAUUCAUUCACUUUAUUUAAAUUUCCAAAGAAUUUUGCUGUAGAUCCAAUAUUGCUUCUAAAAUAAAUGAUCAAAUUAGUAAUUUUGAGGGGCCCCUAUGUGCUCGUGGCCUGGGGAUUCAGCCCCGACUAGACUCUCCCUAAAUCUAACGCUGGAUUGAAAAUAUAAAUGGUUAGAUAAAGUUUCAAACUGCUAUUUCCAUUAGAGGCGUAGCAUCGAUUAAUAUAGUUGUGGCUGAUUCCUUUUUUUUUUCUGAAAUUGUGAUCUUCCAUUAUUUCAAUGGUCUCACUUAGAAGAUGUCCCAAAUAAACUGUUGAAUUUGUGGUAUUCUUUCUUAAGCAACAAAUUAAUUAGUUAUUUGUGGUAAAGUGUGGAAACACCAAGACUAGCUACGCCACUAAUACUGUUCACUGCUAACUUUUAGUAAGUUUAUACUAUUCAUGUAUAUUAGGGUGAUUCAUUUCCAAAAAAAAUAACAAUCUACAUAUAGAAAAAAAAUUCUCACCAAGUGUGAGCUAUUAAUAUCAAUUUUAAAGACUUACGAUUUAAAUAUAAAGUUUUAUCAUUUAAAAGCAUUUUUUUUUAAUUUCUAAUACUUACUCACUUUUUACAAUAAUAUAAAUAAGUUUGAUGGAACUUGUGGGGACUUUUAUGCUCUUCAAAAUCGCUUUAGAAGUUUUUCUCGUAACUCACACUGGUUCACCAAUGGGAGAAAUAAUUUUGUUUCAAAAACUGUGCUUUAACGACUCCUAUUAGUAAACAGAGUUGCACAAAACAAUUUCGAAGGACAUAAAAUUCCCCACAAGAUCCAUUAACCUGGCUAGCAUUAUUGUUAAAAGUGAAUAAGUAUUAGAAAUUUGAAAAAAAUCCAUUUUAAACUUUAUAUUUAAAUUGUAAGUACUUGAAAUUGAUAUAAAGGGCUCAAACUUGGUGAGAUUUUUUUUUCUAAAUGUAGAUUAAUAUUUUGCUUGAGCACAGAAAAAAAAAUUUUUUUUGGAAGUGAACAUACUUAAAAACUUUCAAACCAUAUAUUGUAAAAUUGUCUAACUUUUCAAUAUUCAUAUUUCCACCGAAUUUUCAAGUAAUAAAAUUUGCAUGGUAAAUGUAACUUAAGCUUCAUUAUUACGACAUAUAUUUUAAAUAUUUUUUUAUAACAAAAAUUCAUACAGUGAAAAUUAAUAUAAUAAAUUUUCAAAAUUAUUAGAAACGGCAACUAAUGGUACAAUAUUAUCUAAUUAACUUGUAAAUACUGUUAGGUGGUUUAAAAGUUAAAAAAAUUGCUGUUAUCUAUAUCGUUUUAUCAAAACAUUAUUUUUUCCAUGAAACUUAUUUUUUUUUUCAUCAAAUCUGCAGAUUGUUCCUUUAAAUUAAAAUUAUAUAAUUGUUUUCGUGUUAAAGUCGAGUCUCAAAGUAGUUGUGACAAAAACUGGAUUUACAAUAUUUAACAACAUAAUUUAGUCAAAGUUGUAAUAAGAUCUAUUUUACUUUUUCAUUAGUUUAUUUGAGGGCAUUUACAAAGGUAUUGGGAUGGAUAUCUAUUGGAAUCCUUUUAUUACGAGGGCCAUUUUUUUUCAACCUCCGCUCCAUGCAGACGUUACGCAGGCAGAAGAAAACAAGCAUGGGCUGUAGCUGACUGCUAAGCUCUCGCGUUACACACUCCACCAUUGUUGAAAUUCAGGCUUCAGUUGGCGUUGUGCUACAGCCACGUAAACAUGUCCGCUAUUAUCCACCAAUGUGAUUUGUUUUCUACUGGCUGAAGGCCAUAGUGCUGCAGAAAUCCAUCGGAGAAUGGUGUCGAAAGUUUAAAGAUGUGCAUGAUGAAGGGGGCCAAGGACGUAAUCUAUCGUUUCAGAUAACCUGAUUCAACGAGUUGAUCGAAUGGUUAAAGAAAAACCGCAGAGUCACCAUUACUGCUUUUUCUACGGAAUUUCCAGAAGUUUCAAGGUCUGUUUUGUACUCUACUUGAAUUCAAUGGUGGCAAAAGUAACCGUAGGUACCAAUCUUUUGGUAAUAAAAUUGUUUUAUAUGAACUUUUCAUUCAUUUAUAGCCUGUCUGAGGUUAAAAAAACAGCCCUCGUAUUAAGUAUGUACUUAUUAGAUCCGCGAAUAUAGGGGUAGUAUUUUUUUAAUCCGCUAUUGAAGGAAGCAGGUAUAUUAAAUUAAACUUCCUCCUCCUUCUUUUGUUACAAUAUUUACUAUCUUUUUUGCUUGCUCGACCGAAAUACAGUAAUAAGAAGUAUAUUUUCUUUGUCUGCUCUUUUUGUAAAUGUCUUUUUACGUGAUCUCACUUCUAAAUCUGGUGGAAAUUUAUUUUUGGUUAAUAAUAUCAUUAUCUAAUGUCAAAACUUUUUGGUGAAUCCAGUUUGGAAUAUUUUUUAUCAUUCUAUUUGGGAUUGAACACAACCUAUGUUUUGAUCUACAAUCAGCUUCUACUAAAAUAAGCUACUGACCAGUAAAAAAUUAAAUUUUCAAAUCUAUAGAUCACAAAUAUAUAUAAUUAUUAUCUUAUUUAUUUAUUGUAAUAAUAAAACAAUAAUAAUUAUGUUUAACUGGUUAAAAUAUACAAAAACAAACUUGGUAGAUAUCACCAUUAUCAUAAUAUCAUAUCUAGGAAUAUACACAUUAAAUACCAAUCUUUAGAUAAGAUAUAUAUAAAUUUUUUUAUAUUUUUUAUUGUUUUAAUGCACAAUAUAUAGCCCAGGAGGAAUCGGCGCAUGAGUACCUCAAUUUUUUUAUACGAUCCUCUUCAAAUUACCCUAAUGGUAAAAUAAUUUUUGUUGCCAUGGGGCAACCCCAUACCAUAUUGUUCAAACAAUUGCAAGGAAUUGUUAUUUUUCAACAGAACAAAUUUUUUUAUAUCCUUUAUUGAAAUACAAAUAAAAAAGGUCCUACGACUUUUCGCGAUAAGGUCAAUAAUUUUAGAGAUACGAAUUUUCAAGAGUUCGAAAAAUCUCAAAUUUAGGUACUUUUAACCCAUGAAAAAUAUAUAAAAAAAAUAAAUUGAAAACAAUAUUUUUUUUCUAAUUUUGUAUUCAAUAGUUAAUAAUUUUCUUAAUAGAGAUUUAAAAAAUUUCAUUGUUUAUAUCUGUUUUUUUAAAUUUUAAUUUCACGCCCUCACAAGUAUAUGUCUCUUACCUUUAAGUAUCGCCGUCUCUCUCUGACUCAUGCCCUCUGUGUCUUGAAUCAUUUAUCUUAAAAACUAUUAACUUUAUCAAAAUUGUUAAUAACAGCAAUGUCAUUAAUAAUUAAAUUGUCUACAAUUGGACACCUAAGAAUUGGAGCAGCAGCAUCAUACCAAGUUACUACAAACAACAUAUGAUGAUAAUUAAUACAAGAACUCUUCAACUUGAUCAAUAAAACUAGCAGCAGCAGCAUGUUUAGCAACAUGAAAGAUGAAAUAAUCAGUGUGCUUGCAAUGACUUGUGUUAUAUUAACAUCUAUAUUAAUUUUAUUAAUAAAAAUUGUGGAACGUGUAGUAGAAUCUAUAAUAUAAAAAUUGAUGAGUA